AUGGCAUACGAAGACCCAGACAAGUUCAUCUCCGACAGCACCCUCUUCUUCCUCCCCGGCGCCAUGAUCCUCUGGCUCCUCAUCUUCAUGAUCGUCACCCUCAGCUACAGCGUCAACAGCCCGCCCAAGAUCAUGCCCCGGGCGGUGAACCUCGGGCUCGUGGGCGUCGCGAGCGUCUUCAUGGGCCUCUGGCUGCUAGGCCUCAUGGUCUGCUACUGCCGCGGCACGUUCCUGAAGGGCCGGUCGGGGCGGGACGUGGCGCCGAAGCCGCCCGGCUGGGGCGAGGACAUGGAGAAGAGGAUGUACAGCGGGAUGAGCGGUUAUUGCGUCAGUCGCAGCCUUUUCAAGAGCAGCCCAUGUCGCAGCCAAUUCAUUCUCAGAAUAUUCCGCCGUUUUAUCCUCAGCAAUUUCCAACACAACUACAGCCUCUUGGACAGCAACAAAUUUAUCCAUACCCAGUACAACCAGAACCUAUGCAGCGAUACCAGCCCUUCCGACCACACGCUCAGCAGCAACCCCAACAACAAGCCCAUCAAGACGGUGUACAACGCCAUCAUUCAAGACCCAUGCCUGACGGACCGAGGGAUAUGCCCCCGUCCCAGCACAAAUCUCGCAACCGCCAACCAAUACCCCGAUUACGAUGUACCAUCCUCCUCGCUCAUCAAGCCAGCCUCCGAGGGUCCGGUCGACCGUGCAGGAAGUCUCAGAGAGCCCUGGCUCGCCGCCGAGAGGAAGAGUGAGUCGCCGACAGGGUUCCGACAAUUUGAGACGGAGUCGCAGUUCACCUCCUCCCGGAGAGGCCUUGCAGAGCGGAAGGCAUUGGGAGCCUGCUCAAGACCAUCACAGACCAUUUGCACAGAAUGA